UGUGUCGUGAUGCAAAUAAUGGCUCCCGUUCAGUCCGCCUUGUGCUCCAAAGUGGGUGAAUGUUGUUGUGCAUAACGCAGACUGCACGGUUCUAACCAUUCGGAGCGGGGUCCGCUAGCGCCUGCAAGUUGCAGUCAGUGUGCAAGGUUGAUUGGUCUGAUGGGCGGAUAUUUCCUGGGGCUGCUUACAGAAUGUGAUGAGGGUGAAGACGCAGUGGGGAGAAGUGACUGACGCACUGGAGACAGGUACCCGACAACAAGCAGCAGCUCUGGCAUCUUCCUCCACCAGCGUCUCUCACUCUGGAGCUGGGCUUUGGGUUCACCAGCCGCAAUAUUGCUCACCUCCUGAAACACUGAUCGCUCAUAAACGUGCGCACACGCGCACACACACACACACACACACACACACUCACUCACUCACACACACGGAGUCAGACAGACCAAAAGCGGAAUGCACCAACUAUCGCAGUGGCUGCCGAGAAGAAAUACUGGUUCGCCCGUAUAAAUCGCCAGGACUGCAAGAUUCUUCGCUGCUGAUGUAUGUUUGGGAUGAUGGGGACCUAUUAUCUUUCUGUGGGUUGCCUUUUUGUCAUCUGCGCUCAAUUGGGGAUCUCUUCCCAAGCGCAAUUCACUGAAUUCCCCGGAAGUGUAACCGCGAGAGAAGGAGACAACGUGGAAAUGGCCUGUGCUUUCAGAGGCAGCGGCUCCCCGUCCUACUAUCUGGAGAUCCAGUGGUGGUUCAUCCGAACUCCUUUGCGAGAUGAAUACAGCCCAGAAGAUAGCAAAAUCCAGUUGGACAAUUUGCCACAAAGUGAAAUGAUCAACGAUGAGACGAAAAUAAGCACAGUGAAAGUGAUGGGCAGUGACAUCUCCCAUAAACUGCAGAUCUCCAAAGUGCGGAAGGUUGACGAAGGUCUGUACGAGUGCCGGGUGACCGACGCCAACAACGGAGAGAUACACGAGUACAAAGCUCGGGGGCGUCUCUACGUCAACACCAGUUACGCCCGGGCUUUGCAAGCGCUUGAACCUCCGCCGCUGUCCCUGCAUGACGGCAAGGGCUUGAGAAGCCCCUCAGCGGCCGCGGGACUUCCCAGCGAGCGCCCGGGCCGACGCUCCUCGGGCAGCAGAGGAACGAGCGAGGGGCAGGCGGAAGCCACCUCCAGGCCGGCAGCCACAAUCCUCAGGCAGAGCGCCACAUCCACAUCAGGGACGACGAUCGUAGCGGCAAGCGAUGGACUGGGCGUCCUGCUUCUAUUCUGUGGCUUAGUGAAGGAGGCUUUGCUAUAGUCUUGGUGAUGAUGACUUUUCCACGAUCACUUUCUCCUAAAGCAAAGAGCGAUUGGAUGACAAAAAAUCCAAGGAUUGGACUGCACAGUCGACUUCAAACCCUUCUGCACCCAAAUGCACUGUCAUUCUCUUGAAACGAGAGCCACACACCCCUCCUCCCCACCCCUCCCUCCCUCCCCCUAGAGAGGAGAAAGGCAGAGAGGAAAAAAAGUACCAUUUGGCGGCAUUGCUCAGGAGAUUUACUGCAAAUGGAUUUGAGAAACGGUCACGGACAAACACUUGGGGCCAUCCGUGGGGCGAGAUUCCAAGCGCAGUGGAGCGCACCCGUCCUGGAAAUCACCGGUGCGACCAAAUAUGCCGACCUGCUUCGUGCGACACACCUUGACGUGCGUGCAAGAGUUUAACUGCACCAUCUCCACCCCCAUUCGACUUUUGAAGGUUUUAAGAAGUCUUAAAUCCAUCCGAAGUUUCUCUGUAAAAAGAUUGUGCAGGAUUCCCAUUGCAAUGGGGACAUCUUCUGGACACAUGCGACACGUGCGCCCACCCAUCUGGAUGUUUCAUUGUUUUUUCCCCUCCCCUGUACUAGUUUGAUAAUAACAAUCGGCCGGAAUCUCCAGUGUGUGCAGAAGCGACCUUUAACACAGAUAAUUUUGCUGCUUCUCAGUGUGCUGCCGUUAUUACCCUUCCCCACAGAGGGUCCAACGAUCCCCUCUGCCACUUGGAUGCAGUGUGUAACACCAGUACUACUUUAUUUUUUCUCAAAUCUAAUUUUAAUAAUGCCACACUGUGUGACCCGUUACUUUUUCAUUUAUGUUAACGUGAAUUAGUCAAGGCUACGGACAAUCCGAAAUGCAAGUUGUGUAUCUAAAACAGUUUUCGUACGAUCUGUGAGUGAACGACACAAGCAGAGGCUUAUGGUAUAUUGUGAUGUUUUAUUUUUAAAGAAAGAAAAAUAAUUGAUAAUUAUCUUACGACUCGCGUUGACGUUGACUGGGUUAUGUUUAAUUUCUCUGUAAUAAAAUUUCAUCUUCGUGUAACCCGCCCUCGCCUAAUCCCAACACGGUGAAAAAUGACCGCAGAGGUGUCAACUGGAUAUAUUAUGUAGAGACUAAAUAACUUGGAAUUAAAAAACAAAAUCAAGGACAA